AUGGUUUUGCAGCAGGAUCCCAAGAAGAUCGGGAGGACCGAUAUCUCCGACCUGGACGCGGAUCCUGUUGUUGUGUGGCAACAUAAACAUUAUGGCAAGAGUCUUCUCAUCGCAGCGUGGCUCUUUCCCAUGUGCGUCGCCGGUCUAGGCUGGGGCGACUGGUGGGGAGGACUUGUCUAUGCGGGCAUUAUGAGAGCAUGCUUCGUCCAGCAAGCCACUUUCUGUGUCAACUCUCUUGCUCAUUGGUUGGGCGAGCAGCCAUUCGAUGAUCGAAGGACGCCUCGAGACCAUUUCAUCACCGCCAUCGUCACGCUUGGCGAAGGAUAUCACAACUUCCACCACGAGUUCCCCAGCGAUUACCGUAACGCCAUCUCAUGGUACCAAUACGAUCCCACAAAAUGGCUCAUCUUCCUCCUCUCCAAAACCACCCUCGCCUACGACCUCAAACGCUUCCGCCACAACGAGAUUGAGAAGGGCCGUCUCCAACAGCAGCAAAAAGCUCUCGAUGCUCGCCGCGCCACCCUCGACUGGGGUGUGCCCCUGUCACGGCUCCCGGUCCUUUCAUGGGAUGAAUUUCAAUUCCGCUCUACCUCUGGGAAAGGCGCACUCGUAGCGAUCGCAGGGAUCAUCCACGAUGUGACGGAUUUCAUUGCUGAGCACCCUGGCGGUAGAGCGUUGAUAAAGGGAUGGAUAGGGAAGGAUGCGACGGCGGUGUUCAACGGAGGAGUGUAUAUGCACAGUAACGCAGCGCACAACCUGUUGUGUACGAUGAGGGUUGGUGUAUUGAGGGGUGGGCAGGAGGUCGAGGUUUGGAAAGAGGAGAGGGAGACUUAUGUCAAGGAUAAGAUUGGGCAGCUCAUCACGAAUGUGAGACCGCUGGUGGCGACAGCAGACGCAGCUUGA